GAAUGUGUAAGAACCAUGACUGAAACUGCACCAUGCAUUGGAUCAUUCUCUGCUGUUAAGACACUUUGGGAAGUGAGAAUUCAGAAAAUAAAUGAAGAACUACGGAAGGAAAAGGAAUUCAGACAGAGGGCUGUAGGCAGACUGAUGCUUGUCUGGGAGGAAAGAGACAGUUUAGCCAAGCUCAAAGAAAAAGUCAUCACUGAAGAUGGAAGGGUUAUACUAAGGAUAGAACAAGAAGAAUGGAAGAUGUUACCUGCUUGCUUACUGAAACUGAACCACCUCCAGGAAUGGCAGCUUCACAGAAUUAGUUUGGUGAAAAUUCCUGAAUUCAUUGGAAGGUUUCAAAAUCUCAUUGUGCUGGAUCUAUCCCGAAAUGCCAUUGAAAAGCUACCUAAAGAGAUUGGCCAGCUGCCUAACCUCCAAGAGCUGCUUCUCAGUUAUAAUAAAAUUAAGUCUGUUCCUAAAGAGCUAAGUAACUGCAUCAGCCUCGGAAGACUGGAACUGGCUGUGAACAGGGAUAUCUGUGACCUUCCACUUCAGCUCAGUGACCUAAAGAAGCUUUACCAUGUAGAUCUGAGUAUGAACCAAUUUACUACCAUCCCUUCAGCUCUCCUGAACAUGCCAAGUCUAGAAUGGUUAGACAUGGGGAGCAACAAACUUCAGCAACUCCCUGAUACGAUUGACAGAAUGGAGAACUUACAUACUUUAUGGCUCCAACGGAAUGAAAUAACCCACUUACCAGAAACCAUCAGUAAUAUGAAAAAUCUGAGUACUCUUGUCCUCAGCAACAACAAACUCCGGGAUAUUCCUGCUUGCAUGCAACAAAUGACAAAUCUCAGAUUUGUCAACUUCAGAGACAACCCACUGGAGCUGCAAGUAACACUUCCCCCAUGCGAGAAUACUGAAGAGGAAGAGGAACGGGAAUUGUUUGGUAUUCAGUUCAUGCAUAUGUAUAUUCAAGAGUCACUCAGCAGAGCAGAAAACCUGGACAACUGUAUACCUGUUGCUUCUGCCACCAUUAAUGAUAAUGAAUAA